AUGGCGGAGCAGCUGCCCAAGCGCCGUCGCAUCACCGGCAAGCAGCCGCCGGAGCCUCAGGAGUUGGAGCCUGCCGCCGCAGCGGCCCGCGCGCCGGCGCCAGCGCGCGUGUUGCGAAGGCCCGCUGGGACGCAAGCGGAGGUGUGCUGCGGGCGUGGGGGCGCGCCGUGCCAGUUCGCCGCGCGCGGCACAGGACAGCCCGCCCGCGGGAAUCAGGAUGGACGAUGCAGCCUUUGCAGCACUGCGAACCUGCGCCGGGCCCUGGAGACUCCUGGGGGGCGUCGCAACGUGGUGCGCCUGCUGCGAGCCUGGGGGCGCGACUCCCCAGCGGUCUUCGAGGCAGCCUUUGCAGAGAGCUCCAUCGUGGACUUGCCGGAGGCAGAGCAAGAGCAGCUUCGUAAGGAUACCACAGAGCACACCGCCCAAGAUCUCUUGGCCAAGAGGGCGUCCGUGGCGGCCCCGCCGUCCGCUGAAGAGCUGCAAGGGUACCAGGAAAGAGUGCAACAAGACCGGGCGCUCGUGCUGAAGAAGUUCUUUCCAGAGAGGCAGCGCACCGUUCGCCAUGCAGGUCAUCAAUGGAAGCAUCCAAUGACUGCAGACGUGAGGGCCAACAUCCAAGACAUUGCUCCUAACGACGCCGGCUUACCCGUCGCGGCAGCCUCUGUCCUCGCCAGGAACGUGGAGACCUGGUGCAAGCGAGGCUCCUGGCAGUUUUGCAAGGAAUGUUACUCGGUGGAGACGGUGCGCUUGAAGGAGCCGGCCGCCCUGCGGGCAUCGACCGGCCCGGUGGGGCGGUGCAAGAAUUGUGUCAAGCCAGCCGAGAAAAGGAUUUGGGUGCCCCAGCCUGAAGAAGUGCCCAAAGCUUUGCGGGGCUUGUCCCGCGCUCAGGUCCAAGCGCUGCGGCCUCUCGACGUGGACUGUGGACCUGAAUGGAAAGCAGACUUUGGCUAUUACUUCCACAGCAGCAUGAUCCGGUUUGCCUGGGCGGAAGAGGAUGUCGAGGACAAGGUCAAAGCGCUCCCAACCCACAGUCUCCGAAAGCAAGCGAAGAAGGCGGGAACUCGUCGCCGGCGACGCGCCUUCAAGUUUCUCCUGAAGAGCGACGAUUGCAACUACGCGGAGUGGGUGCAGCGCCACCGUGCCUUCUGGCAGAAGUACCCGGACGCCGACUCCGCACGCCGGAAGCGGCCGCUGCAGUUCUUGGAGGAAGCCGGCAUCGAGACGGCGCUCUGGCCACACCUCUACUGGCACCACGAGCUGUGUGAGACGGUCGCCCGCCUCUCGGAUGUCCGCCGGCAACGGCGCGGCCAAGGCGUACCGGCCAACGAUGCGCUCCUCGACGCCGAGGAGGCGACCAGGCAGAGCGCCAAGCGCAACUUCCUCGCCAAGGUCUGGGGGCCCAUUGCGGACUAUGCCGGCGAGUACGAGCUCCUGCACUUUGUCUACGACCUGUCGGUGUGGUCCGACGUGGGCGGCAAGAAGGGCGCGCUUCGCGGAAUGCCGAUGUGGCAAGCCAUGAAGGGAGCGCCGUGGACGCCCCAGUUCUGGAAGCUACGACAUGCCGCAGCCCUGGAUAUGCAGGCUCAAUGUGGGUAUCCGGUGGCGUUCCUGACUUGGGCGCCAUUUGAAUGGUCGGCGCCCUACCAUGCAUGGAUCCUGCAGCAAAUGGCGCAGCUAGGCCGGCAGAGGCUCCAACUGGCCGGGCCCGAGGCGCUGCACCUGGCCCACCUCUUGACGGAGCUGUUCCGCGAGUGGGUUUGCGGCGGCGGGCGCAAAGCCGGGGAUGCCACGGCGGCCUGGCGCAACGGCAUCUUUGCAGGCGCCAAGCCCGACGGUAGCAAGAUCAAGGUGAACUUUGUUGGGCGCCUGGAGUUCCAGGACGGCAAAAGAAAAGAGGCCACGCAAGAUUACCACGGGCGUGGUGCCGUCCACCUCCAUGGCCUGAUCUUCGCGGAGACGCUGCAGGGCAUGAACUUGGAGCAGAAAUUUCAAGCCACAGUACCCGACCAAGGGCAUCCCUUGCGAGGCAUGGUGUUGGAUGGGCAGCCUGGUCGAGGUGGGAGCGGCUGGCCGGUCAUGGAGGGCCCAAGCUUCUAUGACGAGCACGCAGAGAAAGUCCAGCUCCAUCACACCAAGGAGGACAAGAAGUUGGGGAUCCGGGCCUAUUGCCCCGAAGUCUUGGAUGUGCUGAAGUGCCAUCAAGAUGCGCAGCUGGAGCGUGGCUCUGGCCACAUGAUCCGCUACUCCACCAGUUACUUGGCCAAGUUUAGUGAUGGGCCAGGCAGGGAGCUGAUGGAUGACCAGAGCAGCGGCUACGGCGCUGCGAGGCGGGUGCUCUUCACAUCGCAUCCGGGCGAGCCGGAGAUGUGGAUGCAGCUUGCGUCGCAGAACUUCCCCAUGUUCUUCAUGGGCGGCACCAUGGAGCCGAUCAUCGCCCCGCACCCUGGCAUGUCCAAGAAGCCCGCGUAUGUGGAGCGCUAUGAGCAGUCUUCCUGGCGUGGAGACGGCAUGUGCCUGCUGGACUUCCUGCGCAAGACGAACAACAAGGGAGACGUGUUGGAGCACAUCAAGAAAGCGCACUUGAAGGACCCUCGGGGUCGAGACUUGGACACCUUCGCCCGGCACUUCCAGCCGUUUGGCGAGAAGAUCAUCGCGGCCGAAAUGGUUUCCAUGCUGAACGACAAGUACUUCGGACAGUGGUUGGCCCUCCACGUUCCCUUCCGCGAGCUGGACGACUUGCUGGUCGCCAACGUGUUGGAGCUGGCGCCCGACCACGUCAAGUUUUUAGCCUGUGCUUUGCACUGGGCGCCCGAAAAGUGGCGCAACGAAGCGUGGAUUCGGCAGCACAUGGCGCUCAGCGCCCACAAGGAGGCCCACGUUCAGACCAUCGUUCAAAUGAUCCGGGCCAACGACUUCUUCAUCCAGCAGCACUUGGACGGCACCAUGGAGCGGGAAGCCCGCGUGCAAGCCCCGUUGCGCAUCCGGCAAGCCUACCUUGAUGAAGACGACGAGUUCCCUCUGGCCGGGGAUCAGCUGCGGGUGGCCGACAACGUCAACAAGCGGGUGGACCAAGCGUUGGCCGUGCGCUACGCCGCCUCCGAGGAAGAAGCGGAUCGGCUCUUGCACUUGGCCGACGAGCAUGGCUCUAUGGUGGCCGUGCUGGGCCCGCCUGGCACGGGCAAGACGGCUGUUUUGGACCAGUGCGUUCGAAGAGCUCAGCGGCUCGGCGCCAGAGUCUUGCUUGCCAUGCCCACUGGGGUGCAACGGGCCCGCAUGAAGCAGCGGCACUCGGAGGCAGACUUGGACACUUGCCACGGCACCUUCAUGUUUCACAAACCUCUGGUGGAAGCGAUGGGC